AUCAGCUAUCCUGUAUAUACCAGCGUGCGUAACACGCCCACAUACUAAUUUUUUUUCAAUCUUUUGCAGCCAUCAUGUUCCAUUUAACUAGCAUUACCCAUACCAUGGCUUCACACAUUAUCGCACAGGCACAGGCGUACCUUCCGAAUAUCCCCUUGACGAUGGUGUCGCAGGGCGCAGAGGCGCUUGUGUUCACCACUACGACCCACCCAUGCUUGCCAGUGAGCGAGCAGACCGAUACCACCUACAUCAUCAAAUACAGGCCGUCCAAGCCAUACCGCCAUCCGAAGCUCGAUGCGCAGAUCACAAAACACCGUACAAUCUCGGAGGCGAAGAUUAUGCACAAGCUUGGGCAGCUCGGAAUUCGCGUGCCGCGGUUAGUUGCGGUGGACGCGCCAAAGGGCAUCAUCUGGAUGCACUUUGUGGGCAAGCUACUCGCGAAUGGCGAGAUGUCGUCACUCAAAAACUGGUUGUGGUACUUGGAGCGCGUAAGCGCGCCGGGCAGCGCGACUGAUGCGGGUACCGCGCGCAUUUUGACACAGGUGGGGCGCGAGAUUGGCCGGUUGCACAUGCACGACAUUGUGCACGGUGAUCUCACCACAUCAAACAUUUUGUUGGAGCAGCCACACACAGAUAUGAAUGACACGGACUGGGAGCCGGUGUUGAUUGACUAUGGGUUAGGGUCUUAUUCCGGUUUGCCAGAAGAUAAGGCUGUGGAUUUGUAUGUCUUGGAGCGGGCGUUGCUCAGCACGCACCCGGUGUUUAGCGAGAAAUACAACGCGUGGGUCUUGGAGGGCUACGCAUUAGGUCAUGCCGAGGUGGGCGGCAAACUCGGCGGCAAGAAGUGCACCGAGACCUUGCGGCGUCUAGAUGAAGUGCGCAUGCGCGGGAGAAAGCGCAGUUUGCUCGGAUAGGAGGGUGUUUUUUUUACCGAAACAGUGGGGAGGAGAUAUGAAUCAACAAAACGAUUCCAUUGAAUAGAAAUGGUGGAGACAUUUGGGUCAAAUAGCAAGCGGGAAACUACUAGCGUGGAUUGCUCACCUGAAUGAGUGAUAAUUAAUUAUAAACCUCAAGAAACUUUUAGAUAUAUGUAUGGUAAUGUACUAAAAAGGUGAUAUGAGUUUGAACAUCUACUGAUCCGGCACCAUAUCCUGGUUUAGACCGUUUUUUUCCUUUCCGCCACACCGCCACCGCUGCGCCACAGUAGUGU